UCGGCAGAUUUUCUCGGGGUGAAGACCUGAAGCCUUAUUUGUACUUUGCUGAAGGGUGUAAGAACGGCAGUAGCUGUAAGUUCGUUCAUGGAGAUACAGCUACUACCGUUCUUACAAAACCCUCCAGCAUGGUGGAAAUUCAACAGCAUUUUGUCCGCCUUUGAAUGAAAACGAGAGAUAUUACUUGGAGGAGCUGAAUCAGAUUUUCCAUCAGAUGUAUAUGUUUGGGGGCUUGCUAUAUUUUAUUGCAUUUGAUAAUGUAGCUAUCAUUUACAAGCAACAUCCGAGAUACACAAGGUACAAAACACCCUCUUUAUGAGAUUAUGUCCUAGGUGGACCCACUUAACUCCACUCGUUAAGCAAGGGAUAAAGUGGGUAGUGGAUUAGGAUGCAAGAUCCUUUUAUAUGGGUGGAGAGUGUUAACGAGGACAAAGUAGACGGCACUUCCAAAUGGCAACUCCGGUGAAAGUGCAUGGCCCCCCAUUGUCUACUGCUGUGUCUAGGGUCUUAGCUUGUCUCAUUGAGAAAGAUGUUCAAUUCCAGCUUAUUCCCGUUAACAUGUCCAAGGGCGAGCACAAAAGUCCUGAUUUCCUCAAGAUCCAGCCCUUUGGUCAAGUACCGGCAUUUCAAGACGAAAGCACCUCCCUGUUUGAGUCACGGGCGAUUUGUUGGUAUGUAUGUGAAAAGUAUGCAGAGAAGGGGAACAAGGGAUUGUAUGGGAGCAACCCGUUGGCGAAAGCUUCAAUAGAUCAAUGGUUGGAGGCAGAAGGGCAGAGCUUUAACCCCCCAAGCUCAGUUCUGGUAUUCCAACUUGCAUUUGCACCCCGAAUGAAGAUUAAGCAAGACCAAUCCUUGAUCAACCAAAACCACGAUAAGCUGGCUAAAGUGCUGGAGGUGUACGAGAAAAGGCUAGGAGAAAGUCGGUUCUUGGCCGGGGAUGAGUUUUCAUUGGCAGAUCUUUCCCACUUGCCUAACACACAUUAUUUGGUGAAUGCUACUGAUAGGGGUGAGCUAUUCACUUCCAAGAAAAAUGUAGGGAGGUGGUGGGCUGAGAUUUCCAGCCGUGAUUCCUGGAAAAAGGUCGUUGAUAUGCAGAAGCACAGCAGUUGAUACAGCCUUGCUCUGUUAGCUCGCCUUUUCCUACAUGCUACUCUUCUUGUUAAACUCUAUGAGGGAUUUGCUGUAAUUCCUUCUUGUUAUUGCCUUUGUUGUUUACUUUUGGAGAUGAUGACAUGAUUAAUGUAUUUGGUUUUGAGAAUCCGAGAUAUGAUAAAGCUAAUUUUAUUAAUAA